CGUGCCCACCGAAGGAUACGCUUUGGCCUCCCUCCGGGCACGGGGCGCGGCGGGAACGGGCGGAGCUCCAGCAGCGCCUUGCCCGAAGAGGUAGAUGUUUGAAUAUGCCUUGAGUCUGCUCGAUUGUCUCCGGCGCCUCGGGGACUAUUUGUUUUCCCUGGACAGGCGGGCUAGCUGCGGCACCUGCCAUCGUCCAUGGAUUAGGGUGUCGCGCGUUUGCGUUUUGUGGGGCUGCCUCUGCAAAAAAAAAAAAAAAGUGGUGUGAUUUUUGAGUGCGCGCGCGGAGGAGCGCACGGCUCAGAGCCACUGUCGGGUGCGUCAAAGCAACGUUGGGAAGCCUUCUGGGCUCUUCGUCUCCCGGUGGAUCACCUCUUCAACCCCCCCUCCCUUAUCUUCCUCCUUCUCCCCACCGGACAAACAGAAGUCAAGUUUGAUUACCAACAGGGGUCUCUUCUGUCCCGUUUCGGGUCUCCAAGGAGGAGAUGGGUUGCCGGAACCUGGCCUCGCCAUGUGAUUUAGAGGGCUGCAUGAGAAUCCGGAUCGUCACCAAGAUAGAAUAAAAAUGCUGAGAGGUUGCCUCGGAGGGGCCCGGGCCAGCCCUGCUUAGUCUUUGACCCUCACCAGCCCUGCUCCCGUCGGAUCUGUUGCCCGCCCGUCGAACUUUGCGCUUAGUCGUUAGAGAAAUGAAGACUAAGACGGAUACCAGGAACCCUCCUUCUGCCACCUCCUCUACCCCGGAUGGGACAGGCCUUUUGCGCGCGCCCCAGUUAUCUGAUCGCGACCCCUUUCUUCGAAGGGAGGCGGUGGAAGCUAUAGAUCUGUCGCUGGACGGGCUGUUGUAUCCCAAAAGCAGCGACGAGGAGGAGGAAGAGGAGGAGGGGGAAGAAGAAGAAAGCCGGCAAAAGUCAGACGACGAGGAGGAGGAGGGAGAAAGGAAAGGCAAUUCCUCCUCGGUCCGGGAAAGCUGCGGAUCUCCGGCGGACAAGGAUGCCCUGGACAGGGUCCUGGAUACCUUCUUGACCCCCUCCUCCACCCAAGCCAACUCGGAGAGCCCCUCCGCAGCGUGGCCUUUCUUCGGCUCGGAGAUCCCCGAGUUUUCCGGCGCGCUGAUGAGCCGCCGCCUCCCCGACGGCAAAACUGCGGACGCGCGGGCCAACUCCUCUUCACCGCCGCCUCCGCCUCUUUCUCCGGCUGCCGCCUCUUCUUCCCUCUGGAAGGCGGCUAAGGAUGUGGACGGAGCUUCUUUUAAAAGCCCUAAGGGCAAGGCGCCAGUAUCUGCUGCUUUAGCGCACUCCAAGGGAGAGCCGAACUUUGCGCCGCGGAGCCCGACGGAGCGGGAAUUGGACGGCACCAUUUCCUGCAGCAGCCACAGCACCACCACCAGGGUCUCGCUGGCGCCAGUGCCGGCCACGGGCCGCUCUCCAGUCGCAGCAGCCGCCACCUCCGGCUGCCCUGAGUUUCUUAACCUGCCCAUCCUGCCUCUCAACCCGGCUUAUUUGGCUGCCAGGACUCGGCAGCUGCUGGACGUGGACGAAUACGAGGCUAUCAGCCCCUUUGGCGGGCACCAGAGCAACGCGGCCUCCCCCUCCGUUUGCACCCUCCAGGAUUUUACAAACUACAUCUAUUCCCCCAAAGACGGGCAGCAGCUGCAGCCUUACGCGUUCGGCGCUGGCGGGGACUUUCAGCCCAGCCUCAAGAUCAAAGAAGAAAGCCUGGUGGCCAAGAACGGCGGCGGCGCUGUUUACUUGGGCUCCAAAACUUCGGCGGCGGCGGCAGUGGUUCCCUGCACGGACUACGCGCCGCAGAGCGCACCUCCUUCUCAGCCCAAGAAUAGCAUGAGUAGCAGCAGCAGCAGCCACGAGGCCUCCUCUUCCUUGGAGUGCUUUCUCUACAAAGCUGAGGCAGCUGCUGCCGCCGCCGGUCCCUACGGACCAGCGCCUUGCAAAGCCUCCACGAGCUGCAUAGUGCAGAGGGACAGCCUAAGUUUGCCCUCUACCUCCAGUGCGGCACCUCCAGCCCUUUACCAGCCGUUCGCCUUUCACUGCCCGCAGCAGCUCGGCGGCCUCAAAGACGGCUUGCCCCAGUUCUACUCGCCCUAUCUGAGCUAUAUAAGAACCGACACAGAAGCUGGCCAGAGUCCUCAGUACGGUUUUGAAUCAUUGCCUCAAAAGAUCUGUCUCAUCUGUGGCGAUGAAGCUUCAGGCUGUCACUAUGGAGUAUUGACCUGUGGAAGCUGCAAAGUCUUUUUUAAGAGAGCAAUGGAAGGGCAACAUAACUAUUUAUGUGCUGGGCGGAAUGACUGCAUUGUGGAUAAAAUUCGUCGGAAGAACUGUCCUGCGUGUCGUUUGAGGAAAUGCUGCCAAGCUGGCAUGGUCCUUGGAGGUCGAAAGUUUAAGAAGUUUAAUAAGGUCAAAGUGCUGAGAACGUUGGAUGUUGUCACCCUCCAGCAGCCAGCAGCCCUUCCAAAUGAAAGCCAAGCCUUGGCACAGAGGCUGUCUUUUUCUCCAACUCAAGAUAUCCAGUUUAUUCCUCCGCUGAUCAGUGUCUUGCAAGGCAUCGAACCAGAAGUGGUCUAUGCAGGUUAUGAUAACACGCAGCCAGAAACCCCAAGUGCUUUGAUGACCAGCCUCAAUCAGCUAUGUGAGAGGCAGCUCCUCUGUGUAGUCAAGUGGUCCAAGUCAUUACCAGGAUUCCGGAACUUACAUAUCGAUGAUCAGAUAACUCUUAUCCAGUAUUCAUGGAUGAGCCUAAUGGUGUUUGCCAUGGGAUGGAGGUCUUAUAAGCACGUCAGUGGUCAGAUGCUCUAUUUUGCACCUGAUCUAAUACUAAAUGAACAGAGGAUGAAAGAAUCAUCAUUCUAUUCUCUUUGCCUGUCCAUGUGGCAAAUCCCACAGGAGUUUGUCAAGCUACAAGUAAGCAAUGAAGAGUACCUCUGCAUGAAAGCCUUGCUCCUUCUCAAUACAAUUCCACUGGAAGGUCUGAGAAGCCAAAGCCAGUUUGAUGAAAUGAGAUCGAGUUAUAUCAGAGAGCUGGUGAAAGCAAUCGGGCUUCGGCAGAAAGGAGUCGUGGCUAGUUCGCAACGUUUCUAUCAGCUGACGAAACUUAUGGACUCCAUGCAUGAUCUUGUGAAACAACUCCAUCUAUACUGCUUGAAUACUUUUCUCCAAUCUCGGGCGCUGAGUGUUGAAUUUCCAGAGAUGAUGUCAGAAGUGAUCGCUGCCCAGCUCCCGAAGAUUCUGGCAGGCAUGGUGAAGCCUCUUCUCUUUCACAAGAAGUGAAAUGCCAUCUCCCCUGCCCCCCUUUCUUUUUCUCUCAUUUGCAGAGAUAACACACAACGAAUGUGCAUUUUUGAAAAAUUGUGGGGAUUUGUUUGGGGUUUGGGAUUUUGCAGUGCAAGGAUAUUACAGCCUCUGUUCCACUUCAUAUACUUACCAGUUUAUGUCUGCAAACCUGCAAAUGCUCCACCAUGUUCAUAUGGUAAACUUUUUUUUUAUUCCUUUACAACAGUUUUUAAAAAAUCAUGACCAAUAUUUGUCAUAAGAAAUGUUUUAUAAUAGGGUUGAUUGAAUUUCACCUGAGGAAUAAGUAAGAGAUCAAUUGUGUUGUGUUUUUUGUUUUCUAAGAACAGGAAGUUACCUUGUACAUUUUCCCUUCAUAUUAUUCAUUUUUAAAUUUCCGCAAAGAAGUAAAGCUUUAGCUUUUAAUACAUUUGUGUGAGUGUGUGGCUAUAUGUGUAUAUGUAUAUAAAUG